AUGCAGCCAGUGCGUGCAGAUCAGGUUGUUGUGGCUCCUGCAGAUGCUUCACACGGAGAACGAGAUGUACUCAGUUACUUUCCAUUCAUUUGCUCUCUUCUCCUAGUCACUAUGUCAGUCUCCAUGGAACCAGACCCACACCCGUCCAUCGACUGGUCGCUGGUCUCAGCCUCGCCGGGCGCUAAUGGCACCGGGUGGGAGCGGGACGCCCUGCUGGCCCAAGCAGAGGUGCUGGUGCUGGCAGCCAUCUUGGUGAUGGCCUUGCUCAGCAACGGGCUGGUGCUGGUGGUGCUGCUACGGAAACAACGACACAACAACCCGCUGCACCAGUGCAUGCUCAACCUCUGUUUGUCUGACCUUGUGGUGGCACUGUUCCAGGUGUUGCCUCAGUUGGUCUGGGACGCCAAUGGCCGCUUUCCUGGCCCGGACUUCCUGUGCCGCCUGGUGAAGUACCUGCAGGUGCUUGGGAUGUUCGCCUCCUCCUACAUGAUAGUGGCCAUGACAAUGGACCGCCACUACGCCAUUUGCUGCCCCCUGCAGGCACACCGCAGUGGCGCCACCCGACACUGGAAUAGCUUCAUUCUGCUGGCCUGGGGCCUGUCGCUGCUGCUCAGCCUGCCACAGGUUUUCAUCUUCUCCCGCUCAGAAGUGGCUCCAGGAGUGCAUGAGUGUUGGGGUAACUUUGCUGAGUUGUGGGGCCUGAAAGCAUACGUGACCUGGAUGACGCUGGCUGUCUUCAUCCUCCCUGUCCUCAUCAUCACUGUCUGUCAGGUGCGAAUCUUCAAAGAAAUCCACAACAAUCUGUACCUGAAGUCCGAGUGCUGCCAGUCGCCCGCCUUGCACCCUCCAUCCAGAGGGGGGGGCACUAACUGGACGUGUGGUCCCUCGCUGUAUGUUUCUCCGCUGAUGUUGAAAGAUAACUCAAAGCCCAGAUCCACAGAUCAGCCCCUCCCCCUGGGUCCGCUCAGAUCCAACAGCAUGGACUCACCUGGUCACACAGCUCCUCCUCCUGCCGAGCUCCAGCCUGAAGCGGUAGCGCCCUCUGCAGGUCGAGGUGGAGAAGUGUCGGCGGCCAUGUCGAAGACUGUGAGGAUGACGCUGGUCAUCGUCAUCGUCUACUCGCUCUGCUGGGCCCCGUUCUUCAUCGUGCAGCUGUGGGCCGCCUGGGACCCGGACCCCCCUCUGAACGAUGCUGCGUUCACCUUGCUCAUGUUGUUGGCCAGUCUCAACUCGUGCACCAACCCCUGGAUCUACGCAGCGUUCUCCAGCAGCGUGUCUCUGGAGGUCCGGCAGCUGUUGCUCUGUCACAAUCAGCGUCGACGCUCUCUACACAAUGACUCCACCGCUACACACAACUCCUACUACUGAGUCACACACUGCAAAUAUCCUGUCAUAAAUACACAACACCUGGUGUACAAUACCCAACUAUGAGAGUUUGACAUUUUGUGAAACCUACUGUACCUGGCUUCUUGACACUCUGUCCGUGAAUACGAAAAACAUUAUUUGUGUGAGAAUAUUUCAAGAUGGAGAGAAAAGAGAAAAGAGGCUAUGGCCAGGACAGUUAGGAAGUUAGCAUAAAGAAAGGAAAAUAGUUGCCCUGAUGUUAUCCUUAAUGUAACAAUCCAGCUCUUUUAACCCAUAUUGUAUCUUUAGUUUGUUCAAUGUAAAUAAAUUGGAAUAAAUGAAAAUAGUUGUGACACAAAUACACUCCUGAUCAAAAUCUUAAGACCAGUUAAAAAAUUGCAUGAAUUUGCAUUUUGCACUGUUGAAUCUUAGGAAGGUUCUAAGUAGAGUUUCAAAAUGCAAAAAGAAGAAAUGGGAACAAGAGUCCAAAAGUUGUGAGCAGGCAAUUUAUUGAAAACAACACUUUAACUGAGGUAGGCUGUUCAUCAGCUGAUUUUUUUGACAACAGCUCAAAAAAAAACUAAAACCUCCUAAAACAGAAAUUAAAGUGUCAGAAACUGACCCAGUAAUGAGUAGCUCCACCAUUAUUGUUGAUCACUUCAAAAAUUCGUUUUGGCAUUUGAUGCAAGUGUUUCCAAAAGGCUAGUGCGAAUGUUGCGCCAAGUGGUGAAGAUGGCUUCACGAAGGGCAUCCACUGUCUGGACCUGAAGUCCAUU